AAAAUGCCCGACGUGAUCAGUUACGACGGAACAGGUCAGUAGGAUAGUUCUCGAAUCAUGUUUCAUUCAUUCUUUAUUUCCAUAUUAUAUUACUUUUUUCACAGUGUUUUGUGUCAAAAUGAUCAUGUUUAUGUGCAUUCAUCUGCUGGAAAUAUUAUUGGACUUCUAAAAACUUCCACGUUUAAGUCUACGGUGUACCGUAUUAAUACAUUUCUUGGAAUUCCGUAUGCUGAACCACCUUUAGGAAACCUUCGAUUUUCGAAACCAGUUAAAAAAGCUCGUUUUUCAGUGCCAUUUUCAGCAAACCAAUAUGGACCUGCGUGUCCACAAAAACCGGAACUUGCCAAGCAGUGGAUACCUGGAAAGCCUUAUAUAUCGGAGGACUGUUUAUCACUUAACGUGUUUGUUCCUGCAAAUGCAAACACUAGCAAUCUACCCGUUAUGGUGUGGUUUCACGGUGGUGCAUUUGUGAUCGGACAAUCCAGUAUAUAUGACGCUAGCAACCUUUCUGGCUUUGGAAAUGUAGUUGUAGUAACCGCUAACUACAGACUGGGUCCGAUCGGAUUUUUAGCGACCGAUGAUGACACAUCCAAAGGAAACUACGGACUUUGGGAUCAACAUAUGGUGAUCCAGUGGGUUCAUGAUAACAUUGCUUCCUUUGGAGGAGAUCCACAUCGAGUCACAUUAUUUGGAGAAUCUGCAGGUGGUGCAAGCUCUUUUUAUCAAGCCAUGUAUCCGCCGAAUAAAGGAUUAAUACACAGAAUUAUCUCUGAAAGUGGCACAGCUAUAUGUCCCUGGGCUUAUGGUGAUAAAUCUACUGUUGGUAGAUUUGCCAAAUUACUCGGAUUAAAACUAAACUGUUCCAUAGCGACCAACUCGGAGCUCCUGUCAUGCCUGAGAACAAAACCUUAUGAAGACCUGAUUUCCAACGCUCAAGUUGGUACACAAGAAGAUGAAAUAUACCGCCCAGAAUGGACUCCCGUUGUAGACAACGAAUUCAUCAAAAUGCUACCCCCGGACAAUUAUUUGUACCCUGAAACUAUGUAUGCUGAUGUGAGAGAUGCUCUCGCCGACCUCGACCUAUUGAUCGGCGUGAAUGAUGGCGAUGGUGGAUUCAUAACUAUGGUUUCUCUUUUUCCGUUUGUGCAAAGUAAAGUUACACCCUCGUACCCUGCUAUUAACGUUGUCAACAAUUACGUCACCAACUCCAUGCUCACCGAUCGGUUCGGUCAUACUCUUGAAUCUGUUGUUGAUGUCAUGUCAUUUGUUUACACGAACUGGUCAGCAAGUGAGACAAAUAACACGUAUCUGCAGAAAGUACUAGACAUGGCUACUGACUACCAGUUCUUCAUUCCAGCCUAUGUCUCGGCACGAGCUCUGUUUCAGUUGCAGGCACCGGAACGGCAUACAUACAAAUAUCUUUUUACCCACCGUUCUUCAUUUGGUAAAUUCAUUCCGUGGGUUCCUGGGGCUGGUCAUGGAGAUGAGAUACCUUACGUUUUUGGUUUUCCCUCAAGCAUGCAAACAGGUCUUCGGUUUCCAGACACAGUUCCACCGGAGGAACUUGCCCUUUCGGAGAGAGUUAUGACGUAUUGGACUAAUUUUGCAAAGACGGGGGACCCGAACAAGUCUUCCGCCGUUUCAUUAGUUUGGCCUACAUUUGACAAUCGCUCGGAACACUACUUGAAUCUCAAUUCAAGGUUAUCCAUAGGAAACAAAAUGGAAUCAACCCGCACAGCCUUUUGGACAUAUUUAGCACCUAAAAUGCUAAAAAUUGUGCCAAAAGGUUACUCAUUAACUGCAAAUUCGAGUAUACAUACAUAUGUCCUCGGUUGAACUCAUAAUGAUGAUUAUUCAUUUUCAUCGUGGUUUAUUCUUUAUUGAUUUUGAUUUUUAUCAUAUAACUACAAUGGUUUUUCAUAUCAGUCAUUUGAUUUGCGUAUAUAUGGACUUAUUGUAAAGAAUUGAUAGUUAAUAAAAUUAUAUUGAUGAUAAUUUUAACGAAUGUUCCCGUGAUUCCUAUAGUAACGGGAAUAACAAAGGGAUUCUGUCUUUGUGAAAUUAUUUUUAUAUACAUACCAGUGUCAACUCUUAAUUUGUUUUUAUACUGCGUGAAACAUAAAGCUAAAGUUGA